CACAUGUAAAUACAGCACAUAAGCCAGAACUAGCACCUCAAGGACAAGUUCAGUAUUAAAGUGAUAUAUUUGAUGCCUUUGACAGCUCCACUGACAAGUGUAUUUGCCUGUGUUGCUUCAUCCAAAGGAUGGAGAUACUGGACAACAUGGGUGAGGAAGGGAUGGAGCUGGAGGGAUCAGCCGCCACAGCAGCCAUUGUAAACACCAGUCUAGAUGGUGUCACAAAUAUCACCAACAUUACCUUCUCCCCCUACUAUCGGCACUCUCUUUAUGUGGCUGCCACCUACAUCCUGGCCUACUUCUUCAUUUUCCUGCUGUGUAUGGUGGGGAACAUCCUGGUGUGUCUGAUCGUACUGGAAAACCGUCAUAUGCGCACAGUAACCAACCUCUUCAUCCUCAACCUGGCUAUCAGUGACCUGCUGGUGGGAAUCUUCUGCAUCCCAACAACACUGGUGGACAACCUCAUCACAGGUUGGCCCUUUUCCAACACUGUGUGCAAAAUGAGCGGCUUCGUGCAGGGCAUGUCUGUCUCUGCAUCAGUCUUCACCCUGGUGGCCAUAGCUGUUGAAAGGUUUCGCUGUAUAGUGUACCCUCUACAACCCAAGACGACUGUACUUGUUGCCAAUGCAGCCAUCGUGUUGAUCUGGGUGCUGGCUGUGGUGAUGAUGUGUCCUGCUGCUGUGGCCCUGACUGUGGAGGAAGUCCCUUACCACUACAUAUUGUACAAUGAUGACUUCAACCACACACUCCCCCUGUACACCUGCUACGAAAACUUUGCCAACCCUCAGAUGAGAAAGGUCUACACGACAGUUCUGUUUGCUCAUAUCUACGUGGUACCGCUUGUCGUCAUCACACUGGUGUACGGAAGCAUUGGAGGCAAACUGUGUUUUUCUGUGGUUGCAAACAGAGAGCCACAGCUGGCCAACGCCACAGUUCAAGCUGGGGGUAGAAGGGGCGGUCAACCAACAAUUUCCCAGAAAAAGAUCAGAGUGAUAAAGAUGCUCAUCGUGGUGGCUUUGCUUUUCAUGCUGUCCUGGUUGCCACUCUGGACGCUCAUGAUGAUGACUGACUAUGCAGGCUUGGACAGGGACCAGUUGGACCUUCUGGCCAACUACAUCUUCCCCUUUGCCCACUGGCUGGCUUUCUCCAACUCCAGUGUCAACCCCAUCAUCUACGGCUACUACAAUGAGAAAUUUAAGAGGGGCUUCCAGGCAGUGUGCAAGUCCAGGCCCUUUUGUUGCCUCAUCCAGUGCCAGCUGUGGAAGAGGAUGGUCAGGUGGGGCAGGAAAGACAGGACUGUUCAAGCACUAUGUGGAGGUGCUGACUUCAGAGAUGCCACUAACAAUCACAACCAUCUUGUCUUGGGGCUGAGAAAUCGAGUCCAUAACGACAACAAGGUGACUGAAACAGCAGAGGUGAAUAGGAGUGUGAAGGUGGGGUGUGUGGUGGUUCACUCAGAGGGAAGACUUUCAGAUCGAGGGUUAGAAAUGACAGCUGUGCAUAAACAAGGCGGUAAUGGUGAGGAGUCACAGAGGCUUAGUUCACUGGCAGCCUCAGUGUAUCAGGCAUGGGAUAACUGAGUGUUCACAAUGUUACCCAUAAAUGACCCAAACAAUGUGACAUCAUAAUUCUAAAGAGGAGACAAUCAGCUAUCUGAUCUAGUUCUAAGCAGUGCUUCACAUUUAACACUUCAAAUUGCUGAUGGGCAUGAUCAGCCAAUCAGGGACAGCACAUAUAAUACCACAGCAGGUGGCACCAUGUACCUUGGGGUAAUUGUACAUUUGGAAAAUGUUCCCUGACCGUCAGCUAAGCAAAUCCAAAAGUAACCCAAUAGUUAAAGUUGAAAAAAAUAUGUUGAUCUAAACUCACGGCAUCAGUGAUAGAAAUUGGUCUAAAUCAAUUUCAUAAACCUUCAACAUACACAAACAAAGUAUGCAGUACUUACCUUGAUUGUGUAUGUUGCCCUCCUGCCCUUCUCUCCCCGUAAGCAAAACAGCUGGCUGAGCAUGUGUAUCCAUGUGCUGAGUAUAUGGGAGCCACAGAGAAAAGAGGCCAAGCCAAAGGAGUCCCUUUUAAAGAAUUACUUAAGCCACCAAACGAUGAGUUGUUUAUCAGUUACUCACUCCAUGUUAAGCUGAAUUUGCCAGAAAACAAAGUGAAUAAAGGAUCCAAACAUGGAGACAUACAGACACAUAGCUAUAGGUACUAUAUCAAAAGAUCUGUUUAUCAACUCUCACAUAACUCAUGUGUUCAGUACCUCCCAAACACAUGCAUUCUCACUAAACUGAAAGUGAAACGCAUCUAUGCUCUUUUGAAGCCAGACUCCAUUGAACCAAUUUGAAAAUUUUACCUCACUGAACACCGGAGCUGUUGGUCUACUGCUGCCUCGAUUGGUGGUUUGUUUGUGUUACUGCGUGACUUCAGUGUUUUAAAGGGUUAGUUUGGUUUUACUAAAGUCACACAAUAAUACAAACAAAGU